AUGCAACUUGCGGCGGGACCUGCACGGCUGAGCCAGCAACUGGGCGUGCUCAAGAAGGUCGGCGCGGCGGCGCAGCGGCGUGGGAUCGCCGCGCGGCGCGGCACCCUGCAGGUGUGCGCGGGCGUGGACCCCCACGUGGAGCGCUCGCUGAUGGGAGAGAACUUUGGCGCGCGCGACCCCACCGCCGGAGAGAUUGGCAGCAACUUUGGCGACAAGGUGCUGGGCAACUACGACACCGAGCACGUCAUCAAGCCUCCCGAGGCCAUGGCGGAGAUCAUGGGCCUCAAGGCCAAGAAGUGCGUGCCGUGCGAGGGCGGCGCGCAGCCGCUGCCCGAGACGGAGGUCAACCGCCUCGCCAAGCAGUGCCCCGGCUGGCGGGUGGUGAAGAACCGGGAGGGGGUGGACUGCAUCAGCCAUGAGUGGAAAGUGCGCAACUUCAACGCCGGGCUGGACCUGUUCCAGAGGAUAGCGGUGGUUGCGGAGGAGCAGGGCCACCACCCCGACCUCCACCUCACCGACUACCGGACUGUUACUGCGGAGAUGACAACGCACGCCGCCAAGGGCCUCACUGAGAACGAUUUCAUCAUGGCGGCCAAGAUCAAUGACAUCGAUGUCGCCGACCUGCUGCCCAAGCGCAAGCCCAAGUUCUGGGCGUGA